GUGCCAACGUGCGCGGACGCCGCCGCCGCCGUCGCCGCCGCCGCUGGAGUCCGCCGGGCAGAGCCGGCCGCGGAGCCCCGAGCAGGCGGAGGGAAGUGCCCCCGGGACCCGCUCGGCCAGCGGCGCCGCUGAGAGCUGCAGGACCAGGAGCCGGAGCAGGAGGAGGAGGGGAGACCGCUCGUCCACGCGCCUUGCGCCGCCGCGGGUCCGGGAAGGCAACGAGGAGCCGGCGUCCCCUGCGCCCCGCGGUGGCCCUGGAGUAAUUUCGGAUGCCCCGCCGCGGCCGCCUUUCCGAAUAGAACCGGGAGAGGAGUUGCAGCCAACUUGUGUGCCUUUUUUCCGCCCCUGUGGGAGCCGGCGCGGAGCGAAGGGCUCUCUUCGCGGCUCAUGCUGCCGGCCCUGCGCCUGCCCAGCUUCGGGUGAGCCACCUCGGGAGAGCUGGGGGAGCGCGGCGGCGGCGCCGAGGGCUCGGCGUGCUCUCCUCCUGGGACGCGGGACGAAGUAGCAGCCCCGGGCGCACGCCGGAGGCAUGGAGCGCUGCCCCAGCCUGGGGGUCACCCUCUACGCCCUGGUGGUGGUCCUGGGGCUGCGGGCGGCACCGACUGGCGGCCAGCACUACCUCCACAUCCGCCCAGCUCCCAGCGACAACCUGCCCCUGGUGGACCUCAUCGAACACCCGGACCCUAUAUUUGACCCCAAGGAGAAGGAUCUGAACGAGACGCUGCUGCGUUCGCUACUGGGAGGCCACUACGACCCGGGCUUCAUGGCCACCUCGCCCCCCGAAGACCGGCCUGGCGGGGGCGGGGGAGCAGCCGGGGGCGCCGAGGACCUAGCGGAGCUGGACCAGCUGCUAAGGCAGCGGCCGUCCGGGGCCAUGCCGAGCGAGAUCAAAGGGCUGGAGUUCUCCGAGGGCUUGGCCCCGGGCAAGAAGCAACGCCUGAGCAAGAAGCUGCGGAGGAAGUUACAGAUGUGGCUGUGGUCGCAGACCUUUUGCCCAGUGCUGUACGCGUGGAACGACCUAGGCAGCCGUUUCUGGCCGCGCUACGUGAAGGUGGGCAGCUGCUUCAGCAAGCGCUCGUGCUCGGUGCCCGAGGGCAUGGUGUGCAAGCCGUCCAAAUCCGUGCACCUCACGGUGCUGCGGUGGCGCUGUCAGCGGCGCGGGGGCCAGCGUUGCGGCUGGAUUCCCAUCCAGUACCCCAUCAUUUCUGAGUGCAAGUGUUCGUGCUAGAACUCGGGGGCCCCUGCCCACACCUAGACACUUGACUGACCCCCACCGACGCCCCCAGCCACAGCCUCCAACCAGUUCCUCCACCCUCGCGAGUGGAUUCAAUGAAAUUUUUUUUUUUUUUUUUUUUUUUGGCUACAGAGACCUAGCUUUCUGGUUCAUGUAAUGCACUGUUUAACUGUGUAGGAAUGUAUAUGUGUGUGUAUAUACGGUCCCAGUUUUAAUUUACUUAUUAAAAGGUCAGUAUUAUACGUUAAAA